AGACAGCGUUGUUGCUUCUGAGCUGCCUCGCAACAAAAUGGCGGCGGGUCUAUACAGGCGGGGGCGGCGUUUGCCUGCGGGGUCUAAGGCCACUUUUUUCGACUCCAAACGCCACGGAAAAACUGUCAUUUUUACAAGCGGAAUUCGUUUUGCCGAAACACGGGACUCGUUUUACGUCAAGAUAUUUCGUUUUGUGCCAGGGUGAGGAGGUAGUGGCAUGAAGAGGAUUGGGAUAACCUGAGAAUCAAUUGGGAUAUAUGGCGCCUAAAGGUGAGGAUAUAAACUUAGAACUGACCGGCAUCUUCCCGCUUGUUUUUGGGACCGAGGAGUUUUAGACGAAAUUAGCGUUUUGUCUUUUAAAGAUGUGGAACACGCAUUUUGACGGAAUCUCUAUAUCUGAUAGGGAGCAAAAUGGGGAGAAAGCUCUAGACUUGAUAUGCCGUCCCUGUACGCUUUUUAUUUUUGAAAAAUGUCCUUUCACGUAUUGCUUGAUUAAACGGUUUCUGUAACUGCGCAACAAAAUGGCGCCGUCUCCUUCAAGGCGCCAGAAGGGGAAAACAACGGCAAGAUCGCGUGACUUGUUAGGAACGCCCACGUCUAAGCUCGGCAGCCUAGUAACAGCCAGUUGGAGAGUUCGUGGCGCAUGGACUCCACGGAGCAACAGCCAAUGAAAAGUAAAGCAAAUUUGGGUGACGUGGAAGCCCCGCUGAGUCACUAGUCUUGGAGUUUUCUAAAGAGAAGGGCGCGUUCUCUUUUGCUGCUGCAGCUGUUUUUCACCUCACGACCGCUAGGGGCGUGUGAGUAGCCGGCUAAAUAGAAGCCAAUGAGAAGCCUUCUUUGUUUGUAUGGGCGGAUGAGGUCAAUGUGGAUAAGCGAAUCGACCAACUGGGAUGCUUGCUUUGCUGAGGGGGCUGACUAUCUCCAGCCAAUCCUUAGCCGAACAUGUAUUUAUAUAAGACCGGCCGCCGCUUUCGAGGCGCCAUUUCGCUGAAGCGGAGAGUCGGAGUGGGAAGGUGGAGAAGCAGAAUUAGUUUGCUCAAAAGACACCGCUGCGCCCCCAACCGGAAAGCGGGCGUUAAAUCAAUCCGUAUCCAUCCGCAUGGAGACGGCCAUUAACCCGGCGUUUAAAAGGCCUGCUUUGGAUAUUAAUAAUGGUAUGAUGGGACAGACUGUGGAGGGAACGCCAGGAAAACGUAUCCGUAAGCCCUCUCUGCUUUACGAAGACUUCGAGGGCCCUAACAUGACGUCGGGUGUCUUUCACCACAUGGUGCCAGCGAAUCCUCCGCCGCCUGAGGUCAGCAAUCCCAAGAAGCCCGGCCGUUCCACCAACCAACUGCAGUACCUUCACAAGGCGGUGAUGAAGUCUCUCUGGAAGCACCAGUUCUCCUGGCCUUUCCGCCAACCCGUGGAUGCCGUGAAGCUGGGUUUACCGGAUUAUCAUAAGAUCAUCAAACAGCCAAUGGAUAUGGGGACCAUAAAGAAGCGGCUGGAGAAUAACUAUUACUGGAGUGCGCUGGAGUGUAUGCAAGACUUCAACACCAUGUUCACCAACUGUUAUAUUUACAACAAGCCGACUGAUGACAUUGUUCUGAUGGCUCAAAGCCUGGAGAAGAUGUUCCUGCAGAAAGUGGCCCAGAUGCCCCAGGAGGAGCAGGAGAUUCCGAACACCGCUACGAAGAGCAAGCAUGGAAAAGCCUCUAAACCCCCAGCAGUCACUGGAGGCAUUACAACAGCCCACCAAGUACCCGCUGUCUCCUCCAUGUCUCAGUCUUCAAUUUAUCCGAGCUCUCCAGAAGUGCCCACCACCAUCCUUAGCCUUCCGCACCCUGCUGUUGUUUCCAGUCCCGUUGUUAAAUCCAUGCCGUCUCAGACGCUGCUGCCUGUAGUUCCAGCAACCACGCAGCCAAUCACAAAGAAGAAAGGUGUGAAGAGGAAAGCUGACACUACUACACCAACCACCACAGCUAUUAUUGCCACCAGUGGAGAUUCUUCCCCCAUAACACCCGACAUCAAACCUGCCAAGAUCCCAGCUCGCAGGGAGAGCGGGCGCCCCAUCAAGCCCCCACGCAAGGAUCUACCGGACUCGCAGCAGCACCAGACAUCCAAAAAGGGUAAAUUGACAGAGCAACUCAAGUACUGCAAUGGGAUCUUGAAGGAACUUCUUUCCAAGAAGCACGGAGCCUAUGCAUGGCCUUUCUACAAACCUGUGGAUGCUUCGGCCUUGGGUCUGCAUGAUUACCACGAGAUCAUCAAACACCCCAUGGACCUGAGCACCAUCAAGAAAAAAAUGGAGAACAGGGACUACCAGGAUGCCCAAGAGUUUGCAGCUGAUGUACGGCUUAUGUUUUCAAACUGCUACAAGUACAACCCUCCGGACCACGAUGUUGUAGCGAUGGCAAGGAAGCUGCAGGACGUUUUUGAAUUCCGUUACGCGAAGAUGCCCGAUGAGCCGCUGGUGGUCGGUCCUCCUGCAGCCUCCACGCAGCUGCCGCCUUCUGACUCCAAGUCUUCCUCCGAGUCGUCGAGUGACAGCAGCAGCGAGAGUUCAGAUGGCAGCGACAGUUCUGACGACUCUGAAGAGGAAAGAGCGAAUAGACUCGCAGAGCUACAGGAGCAGCUUCGGGCAGUGCAUGAGCAGCUAGCGGCGCUCUCCCAGGGUCCAAUCUCCAAACCCAAAAAGAAGAAAGAACGUAAAGAGAAAAAGAAGAAGAAGAAAUCGGACAAGAAGAAAACAAAAGAUGACGAUGAGUGGCGCUCCAGCAAGUCCAAGCCCUCCCAGGCCAAAAAAUCCAAGAAAUCCUCCGGAGGGGGUGCAGCGAGCACCAGCAGCUCGACCACUCAGACUGUCUCAAAGAGUUCUAAGAAAUCUUCUUCGAAGUCCCUGCCGUUACUUCCACCUGUGCUUUACGACUCGGAAGAAGAGGAGGAAUGCAAGCCCAUGACCUACGAUGAGAAGCGCCAGCUCAGUCUCGAUAUCAACAAACUUCCCGGGGAAAAGCUGGGUCGCGUGGUUCACAUCAUUCAGUCGAGGGAACCCUCGCUGAGAGACUCAAACCCCGAAGAGAUUGAAAUUGAUUUUGAGACUUUGAAACCCUCCACCUUGCGAGAGCUGGAAAGAUACGUGAUGUCGUGUCUGAGGAAGAAGCCCAGGAAGCCCUACACUUCCCUUAACUCUGUGCUCUCUCCAGCACUUAAGAAGCCGGUGGGGAAAACAAAAGAGGAGAUCGCUUUGGAGAAGAAGAGAGAGUUGGAGAAAAGGCUACAAGAUGUCAGCGGGCAGUUGAAUUCUGCGAAGAAGCCCCCGAAGAAGACUCACGAGAAGGUGGAAUCGGCCCAGCAGGUCUCCGUGUCUCGCCUCAGCGCCUCCAGUUCCAGCUCGGACUCGGACAGCAGCAGCAGUUCCACGUCGAGCUCCUCGGAUACCAGUGACUCCGAUUCAGGCUGAAGGACAUCGAAUCCGCUGGCGCUGGGGAGGUUUCAUGGAUAUAUUUUUCAAAGGAGGUUCUAAAUGGAUCUGCAGGAACAGAGCCCACCUGAACCAGACUUGGCACCCUUUUGGGGGUUAAAAAAAAACAAACAAACUGAGGCCUUUUGGAAAUGGGAAUAGGUGGAUUUGCUGUUCGGUUGUAUAAAUGGACGACCGCGCGGCUGGGUUCCCACUCGUAGAGCUCGAGGCAUCAGCCCUCCACCCUGUGCUUAUGAAAGGAGCUUGUGGGGAGGCACAAAUGAGGCAUUAAACUUGUGUAUGAUGGGGAGGGUGGGGGUACAAACCUGGUGCGUGUCCUUCUUACGCUGUUUACAAUGUUCUCAAAGCGCACAGAUAUCGGGACGGGGCAGGGUCCGGCUCCCCCGAGCUGAGCGCUGCCUCCAAGCGCAACAAGGCUGUUCCAGGACGGCUCCUCUGAUGUAGCGGAUGACUCCGUGCAGUGUUAUUAAUCUUCCUCUUUAGGUUUUCUGUUGCGUUACGGCACACUACAGCCAAGCUCUUGUUUUAACCGUUCAGCUGCUAGAGGCUUGCUGGCCUGUGUGCUUCGAGCGAGGAGGAGAGAGGGCUGCAUGUGGUUUGAGACACUUUGACUUUAUUGUUUAAAGCACUUUGGAGAGUUUUAAACCUGCAAGUGUUUUGUUCCUUUGAAGCUGGUGGACUGACGGUCUCGCCCCCUUAAGCCCUCUCCUGCAUGACGUGUUUUAGGUGGCAUUGGGUAGUUCUGUCCCUCACCGGAUUCCAUCGUCUGUAUCCGGAUCCACCGUACAGAACGCGAAGCCUUUAUUGUGGUUGCAUUUCUUUUUGUUUUUUGUAUUUAUUUUAAAUGAGUCUGAGAAGGAACGCGCGUCUUUCCUCUUUUGUUUUAUAUUGUAAAAUAAUUGCAGAGGGCCACCUGUUGACACAGGGGCCGGUGUAGAUGUAAGAUUUUAUAAACCCUGUAUAUAAAUAUUCCGAGUUGCACAAGCAGCAUGUUUCUCAAUGUAAAGGGUGACUUUAUUUUUUACCUGAAAGUUUUUUUUUUUUUGUUUGUUUUUUUUUAUUUCUAAUAUUCUGUCUGUCACUAUGAUCUGUUUUUUCUUUUUUUUUUUGUCUCUUGUAUCUGUUGAAACCCUUUAGUUCAGAAACAUGUAAAUAAAGAAAAUUAUACUUGCA